CCCACGCUUCCUUGUGUAUAAAGUAACACAGAAGAUGAGUCUGGCAGGCCAGGCUCUAAAAUAAAAAUGUAUUUUAUGAAAUUAUUAAUUAGCCAUCAGACCUUUAUCCCACUACAGUUGACAAAAUAAAGCAAAACUGUUUAUUUAGUCAACUUUUAGGUGCAGUUUCUCACAUCAGUUGUGAUAAUUGGUAAAACUGCACAUGUAGGUGGGGGAACGUUGUUUUACAUUACACCGGGGACCAAAGUCACCGCUAGAUGGCGGUGUAGGGAAAGCGACCUGGUUGAUGGUAGCCUAUAGGAUGGCUUGCCGGGCUAACGUAGAGGUUCGUGGAAUGACGUAAAUUAUUGCCCAAAGCUAGUUAUUUUAUAUUAAACGAUCAUCUUUAACAUAUUCGUCACAUGUCGAAGGCACCAGGUUCUUUUCGAGCAGGAGUGUUUUUAUCACAAUGUCUGUGGCUAGCGUCGGCCGCUUCCUGUACUUCGCGUAUGGAAGCAACUUAUUAAAGGAAAGGCUGCAGCUGAAAAACCCUUCGGCUACGUUCGUCUCUACUGGUCGCCUGAAGGAUUAUAAACUGAGAUUUGGCUUUUGGGGUGAAAAUGUUCAAAGUUGUUGGCACGGUGGUUCGGCCACAGUUGAGUUUAGCCCAGGUGCAGAUGUGUGGGGGGUGGUCUGGUCUCUGAGCGAUGAAGAUCUCAUAAACUUGGACAACCAGGAAGGUGUGGAUGCUGGACACUACGAUCCUCUGGGGGUCUCAGUGGAGACGGAUGAAGGCACGGUGCUCUGCAGGACGUAUCAGAUGAAUAAUUUUCAUGCUGCACUUCCAUCUCCUCAGUACAAACAGGUGGUGUGUUUGGGUGCAGAGCAGAACAAGCUCCCAGAUGAAUACGUGACCAGGCUGAAGGACAUUCAGACCAACAACUACAGCGGCCCAUCGAUCCGUGAUCAAAUCGUGCUGCCGAGCAGCGAAAACUGAAUGUUCUUCACAUCAGAAAUGGACAGAAAACAUAAAGAGCUGCACAUUUAUUUAAAAGAAAACAACAACCAUAUUUUCACCUAAUCCUAAAAGAGGAGUUAGAAACACUGUGGAGAGUUUAGCUUCCCUUAAGAUUUUUCUGUCUAAAUACCGUAAAUCCUCUAAUACAGGCCUGGGCCUGUAUUUGACUCAAGCUCAUCAAGCUCCAGGCCUUUAUUGGAGGAGGGCCAGAAUUAGAGGCAGGCCUCAAAUUCUAUUUGAGCAAAAUGAACUAAUGGUUCGCUGGAGUUUUUGACAAUUAAAAUUGCGCCCACAUUUUCAAAGUUAAACAACGGUAGUUUCUGCUUCAGCCCUCUCCCCCGCAAACUCACUGAUGCGCCUGCAGCCUCUCAGAGUUGCUGCUGCUCUAAACAUUAAAAUAACUAUUUCAUUUUCUGUUCCUCACUUCUGAUGACCUUCAGUGGUGUCCGUUUGUUGCAACCACCAGGUACAAAAACUAACUUGUUUUUAUUCUACUAUUUUUCUGUCCUGCCUGUUUAUUAUCUUCCUGCAUCUCCUCUCAAUCCUAAAGAAAAACUGCUACCUGGGUUCAUAUAUAUUCACCUUAUGAGUUACCUUUGAACUGCAGUUCUAAAAGAUCUACCGACAGCAAAAACAGUGGACUGCUCGCCGGCCACAUCAGUGAGGUGUGUCACCGAGGAAAACACAGGUGAUGCGCCCUGAUCCACAGCAGCGAAACGCAUCAGGCACAAAUAAAAGAAUAAAAGACAGAAAACAUAAAAGGAAAUGAGCCGACAUGAACGAUCGCGUGUUAAAUUAGUUUUUGAGGUGGUGACACCUGAUUUGAUAAUGUUACUGUGGCCGUGCUUAGGACGCAGAUGUCUGGAGCGUGUCAACAAUCAGAGCUUUGCAUGCGCAAGCUGGUUAAGGUUAGGAUGGGGUGAGGGGAAGGUUAAAUUGCAAGAGGGUAAAGGUCACAAUUUAGUUAAAUGUCCGUUUUACGGCGGGUGUCAGUACCGACGCUCUGGCACAGCGCGUUGCCUCCCGACGUGCAGGAGCUUGUCACCUGCCGACAGCAGGCUGCUGUCUUUUCCGAGGACUGCAUCUUGCCGGUCAUUAUCCCGUGACAGCGACUAGUCGAUGACAGGCAUAAAAAGUCACUAUAGAGCGGUGAAGUCAUCUAGUGACUAGUUCAUACAACCCCUGCUACUGCUCCCCAGAGUGUUCUGCAGCAUAAUCAGCACGUUCUCUUUGAACUUGAUAUCAAAUUUUCGCCUCCUCUUCGUCUCCGCACGGUUAAAGUUACCCUCGCGGUCUAUCACUGGCAAAUCAAAAGUGAGACGGAUGACACAACCGCCCCCCGUACUUGCUUGUUACCACAUUCCACCCGGCCACAAUAAAAAACCGGCCAUUAUUCACCGACUGUGACACCGGCCAAAAUAUGAUACCCGGCAGUUAAUUAAAUACAGGCUAAUAUUAGAGGAUUUACGGUAGUUCAAAGUGAAACAUUUAGCAAGAGAAUAGAAGCAAACUAAUCAAUUUGUGAAACGUGCAUCUUUAUUUUUGUAGAAGACAAAGCUAAGAGGGGAGUUUCUGGCAUCUGUUGCCAUGGUUACAAACCCAGCUUUGUGAAACCGAAAAUCUCAACUGAACCUGAAGGUACCCUGUUAGGCCUGGUACAAAGUUCACACCAGUACUCAUGUUUCAGCUGAAUUUUACUUAAUUUUUUUGCAGUGAUGAAAUCGUAAUUGUUUAUUUCCUAGAAUAUAAAGUUAUGACUUUUG